AUGUUGCAGUGGGCCGAGACGAAGUACAAGGGCAGAGUUUGUGGUUAUUACGGUUUCAGCCCGAAGAUAGAGCGCCAGAUGAUUGCCGGCAGCGAUUUCUUGCUGAUGCCCUCGCGGUACGAGCCGUGUGGUAUCCCGCAGAUGUGCGCCUUAACUUAUGGAACCAUCCCGAUCGUCCACAAAACGGGCGGCUUGAAUGAUUCUGUCAAGAGCUUUUACGACGAUGAGGCCAGCGCAACAGGGUUCCAUGUAUAUCCGUUGGACGAAAAUGGCAUGAAGAAAGUGAUGUUCGACGCGCUCGUCUUGUUCUACCGGCGUCCAGAGGCCGGCGGAUACCGCGGCGAAGAGCCAGUGGAGGUGGUCACGACGAUCCCCGACGUGGUCCGAUUGUCGCGGUCGCAACGAGGCGGUCCGUCCUGAACUGGGACGGAGCUGCGCGAGUCGGCGCCAGAGUGUGGCGCGGGGCCGAGGGCGGUGCGCAGCCUGGGUCCACAGCAGCCUGGCCAUCGUAGUGGCCGAUGCGUGCAUUGCGGCCGCGUCGGCGGCGUGAGCACCAUGGCGUGCGCUGCGCUGCGGUGCGCGAAAUGAC